CAGCGAGUGAUUCAAACGCGCGUCUGCAGCAGCAACUGAAGGUCAGAGAGACAGACAGCACUGAUACCGGUACAUUAUCUGCAGUGAUAUUCAGGGCUUGUGAUGCCGCCUCCUAUUGGACCGCCGGCCGUGCCGCCUCCAGACGGUGGGUGGGGCUGGGCUGUGGUGGGCGGAGCCUUCAUCUCCAUCGGAUUCUCGUACGCCUUCCCGAAAGCCACAACCGUGUUUUUUAAAGACAUUCAGAGGAUCUUCAAUGCCUCGUACAGUCAGGUGGCUUGGAUCUCCUCCAUUAUGUUAGCAGUCAUGUAUGCUGGAGGUCCAAUCAGCAGUAUUCUUGUGAACACAUACGGCUGUCGUCCCAUCAUGAUUUUGGGUGGGUUUCUGUGUGCGAUCGGAAUGAUCAGCGCUUCUUUCUGUAACAACGUUGUGCAGCUAUACAUCUGUAUUGGUGUAAUUGGGGGUUUCGGUCUCGCCUUCAACCUGCAGCCAGCGUUAACAAUGAUCGGGAGAUACUUCUACAAGAAACGGCCCAUCGCUAACGGCUUCGCCAUGGCCGGCAGUCCAGUGUUCCUCAGCACGCUCGCGCCGCUCAACCAGUACCUCAUCAAUGAUUUUGGAUGGAGGGGAAGCUUCCUCAUCCUCGGAGGUCUUCUGCUCAACUGCUGUGUGGCCGGAGCUCUCAUGAGACCGCUGGAAGCUCCUCCAAACCAGACCAAGAAAGACGAAGAGAAACCUGCGGCUGUGGCUUCCAAAACGGAAAAGACCAGUGCUUGGCAGACCGUCAACAAAUACCUAGACUUGUCGCUCUUCAAACACCGCGGGUUCCUCAUCUACUUGUCAGGAAACGUCAUUAUGUUCGUCGGUUUUUUUGCACCAAUUGUUUUUCUUUCUCCAUUCGCCAAAGACAGUGGCGUUGACGAGUAUCGAGCAGCGUUUCUUCUCUCCAUCCUGGCGUUCGUGGAUAUGUUCGCCCGGCCGUCCAUGGGACUGCUGGCCAACUCGCGAUGGAUCCGUCCAAAGAUCCAGUAUUUCUUCAGUUUCGCCGUGCUGUAUAAUGGUGUGUGUCACGUCUUGUGUCCGCUGGUGGAGAGCUACACCGGUAUGGUGGUGUACGCCGUGUUCUUUGGCUUUGCAUUCGGGAUGGUGAGUGCCGUUCUGUUUGAGACACUCAUGGAUCUGGUGGGCGCUCAGAGGUUCUCCAGCGCUGUGGGUCUCACCACUAUUGUGGAGUGUGGUCCAGUGCUCAUCGGACCUCCUCUGGCAGGGAAGUUAGUGGACAUCACCAAGAACUUCAAGUACAUGUACCUGUGCUGUGGAUCUGUGGUGAUAUUCGCCAGUAUCUGGCUCUUCAUCGGCAACUUCAUCAACUACAGACUGCUGGAGCAGGAACGCAAGAGAGACGAGAUGUACAAACAGACUGAGGACCAGGACCAGGACCAGGACCAGGACCAGACCGAGACCAACGCAGAUGCUGAUGAUGAAACGUCACAGCAGCUCUGUGAAAAUAAAGAUGGCGUCAUGCAGCGAGAAACAAACAUUUAAACGUCUCUCUGAUCCACUAUAACAAAAUAUUUUUAUUGAAGAUACUGCCAAAGUUAAUAAAAAUGACAACCAUCUCUGAUGUUAUACGUAAAGUUUGAAAGACACACACCUGUGUUAAUGUUAAUGAAGAGCGAAGACGUGAAAUGUUACAGAUUACUGACUGAAUGAGCAUGAGGGAAUCUCAUGAAACCUGUCAAAUCAAAAGAAAUGAUUUUUGGCAUUGUGACAUUAUUUUCAAGACAUAUAAAGACAUUUUCCCCUCAAUUCUCAUUACUGUAACUGCAUUACAAAAAACUGUAAUGUAAAAAAUUACAAAAAACAAAAGAGGUAAAAUGUGUAUGGCAU